AUGUAUUUCGGAGAGUUUGCGCCCUCGAAGGCGCUUCUAACAUCAUUGCUCGCCAUCCCGCAGUUAACUUCCGCGUUUUAUCUCCCCGGUGUCGCCCCAGCUACCUACAAAGAGGGUGACAAGGUCCCGCUCUACGUCAAUAGCAUCAAGCCUGUCGACCGAUCUCAAGACCCGCGAUUACACGCCGUUGUCUCUUACGACUACUACCAUCCUGCGUUCCAAUUCUGUCAACCCAAGGACGGACCCGAGUAUGUUUCGGAAAGCCUGGGUAGUAUUCUCUUCGGAGACCGUAUCAUGACUUCUCCAUUUGAGCUUGUCAUGGGCAAGAAUGAGACCUGCAAGCCUCUUUGUGAAGUCAAAUACGAUGAAAAAUCAGUCAACUUUGUCAAGAGUCGCAUCGAACAAGGCUACAGUCUGGAAUGGUUGGUGGACGGACUGCCAGCUGGUCAGGAAGUUCUUGAUCAGUUAACUGGCACAACCUUCUAUAACCCUCGUUUCUUGUUGGGUCAGGAUGACAAGGACGACAACAUUCUAUUCAACAACCACUACCAGAUCGUCGUCGAGUAUCACGAGGUCAACAAUGAUCCCAACCAGCGCCGUGUGGUUGGUGUUAUCGUGCAACCUAGUUCCAAGGAGUAUGGCGGCAAGGCUGAUUGCGGUAACCAUCAGCCCAUCGUUUUGAGUGGAAAGGAGCAGCACGUUACUUUCAGUUACAGUGUCUUCUGGCGCAAGUCGGAGACUGCUUGGGCUACUCGUUGGGACAAGUACCUGCACGUCUUCGACCCUAAGAUCCACUGGUUCUGGCUUAUCGACACAGCCAUCAUUGUUGUAAUUCUCGUCCUCACCGUCAUGUCCAUUCUUGUGCGCGCUCUGAAGAAGGACAUUGCUCGUUACAACCGUCUGGACCAGAUCGACCUCGAUGAUUUUGGUGGUACCUCGGUAGUUGAGGAUGGCGUUCAGGAGGAUUCUGGAUGGAAGCUGGUUCAUGGCGAUGUGUUCCGAAGCCCCUCGCGACCUCUUUUGCUCUCGAUUUUGGCUGGAAACGGUGUUCAGCUGUUCUGUAUGACUGGUUGCACUAUUCUCUUCGCCCUUCUCGGAUUCCUCUCGCCCUCAAACCGUGGAUCUCUCGGAACCAUCAUGAUUUUGAUGUACACUGUUCUCGGAUUCGUUGGUGGUUAUGUUUCUGCUCGAACCUACAAGGCCUGGCAAGGUGAAGCCUGGAAGCUGAACAUUGCUUUGACCCCUGUUUUGGUCCCUGGUGCCGUCUUUUCCAGCUUCUUCCUCCUGAACCUCUUCCUAUGGGCCAAGCAAUCGUCGGGCGCAGUUCCCUUCACCACUAUGCUUGUGAUUGUCGCCAUCUGGUUCAUUAUUUCGAUUCCUCUCUCCUUCGGUGGCUCUUGGCUCGGUUUCCGUUCCCCUCAAUUCGAGCCUCCCGUCCGCACCAACCAGAUUCCCCGUCAGAUCCCACCUGUGAGCACCUACCUCAAACCUGUGCCCAGUGUGCUCAUCGUUGGUCUUCUUCCCUUUGGUGCUAUCUUUGUCGAGCUCUUUUUCAUCAUGAACUCGAUCUGGUUCAGUAGGAUCUAUUACAUGUUCGGCUUCCUGUUCCUCUGUUACGGUCUUAUGAUCGUCGUCUGUGCUGCCGUCACCAUCCUGAUGGUGUAUUUCUUGCUAUGCUCCGAGAACUACAACUGGCAAUGGAGAUCGUUCCUUGCAGCAGGCAUGAGCGGUGGCUACAUUUUCCUGAACUGUCUCUUGUAUCUUGUUACAAAGGUCAGGGUCAGCGCAUUCGCCGGUAUCGUUCUUUACGUCGGUUACAGUGCUAUCAUCUCGUUCUUGUUCUUUAUCCUAACAGGCUCAAUUGGCUACUUUGCCAGUUGGUGGUUCGUUCGCAAGAUCUACUCAUCUAUCAAGAUUGACUAA